AUGUGUGACGUGAACAGCACUGGUCAAGUACAUCGCAGUGAUUUUGUCGACCUUAUUCGCUCUCUCAAAGCCAUCGUCGGCGUUGACAUCACGGACAACACCCAAAACAACGUCAUCAACAAAAUUUUGCACCAAUCAGGAGUGAAACCUAACUCUGAUUAUUUAACAACUGCGGACUUUGAAGCGAUUUUUGCACAAGCCGGCAAGGGACGUCCUGUUGGUGUGGAAUUGCGUGGUGCAAAACUCAAAAUGAAACUGGAGGAAACGGCUUCACUAAACUCAUUCGCUGUGCCCACAUCUACCGGCGGCGAUUCUGUGCAUCGCAGCGUUUUUGGCACGAUCGCAGCUGUCACUGGCACGUACCGCCAACACAUCUUCAUACUGUUCAUCUUUUGCUGCACGAAUCUGAUGAUUUUCCUGGAGAGGUUCCGAUUUCACCGGUACGAGAAUCAACAUCUGGAUCAGCAUCGGGUGAUGGGUGUGGGGAUUGCCAUCACCCGAGGUGCCGCUGGUGCAGUAUCGUUUUGCCUUGGUGUCGUGCUACUGACCGUUUGCCGUAACGUCAUCACAAUCGUCAGGGAAACGCCUCUCGGCGAGUUCAUCCCGUUCGAUUCCGCUAUCGGUUUCCACAAGAUUGUAGCCCUGUUUGCUGCAUUCUGGGCUACCGUACACACAAUCGGUCAUUGUGUGAACUUUUAUCAUAUAGCGUCACAAAGUAAGGAAGGACUGCAUUGUUUAUUCCAGGAAGCUGUGGCUGGUACUUUCAAUGAAUGGCAUGCCUUCUCGCUCGCCUCAGCACCUCAAUCUCCAACCGUUGAACUCUACAUCAAGGCAGUUGGUCCGUGGUGGACAUGGAAACUGAGAUCACAGAUUCUUCGCACUCAAGCUGGCAUCUCACCUUAUCCACUUCUCCACAUGAGAGGUCCUUAUGGAGACGGAAAUCAGGAAUGGACCAACUACGAAGUGGCUGUGUUAGUCGGAGGUGGAAUCGGUGUCACUCCCUACGCGUCUACAUUGACUGAUCUGGUGUUGGAAACUGCGUCAGCUAAACAUCACAACGUCAAGUGCAAGAAGGUCUAUUUCCUCUGGGUUUGUCCUACACACAAAAACUACGAAUGGUUCGUCGAUGUGUUGAAGGGCGUCGAAGAACUGGAUCAGAACAAGCUUCUGGAGACGCACAUUUUUGUCACACAAUUCUUCCAUAAGUUCGAUCUAAGGACCACCAUGCUAUACAUUUGCGAAAAGCACUUCCGUGGCGAUCAUCAAGGCAAGUCGAUGUUCACCGGUCUUCGAGCACAAAACCAUUUUGGUCGUCCUAACUUUGACACCUUCUUCUCCUUCAUUCAAAAUGUUCAUAGCGAGGUGCCCGAGAUCGGAGUGUUCAGUUGCGGUCCGUCUAAACUCAACGGCCAAAUCAGCUCCGCUUGUGCUCGAGCUAAUCGAGCCCUUGACGCGCCAUCUUUUAUGCAUCGAUUCGAGACUUUCUAA